CGCGGUCGCCGCCGGAAGUGAACUUGGCGUCGCGAGUGGCCGGGGUUUCAGUGAGUUGUGGCCUCGCGUGUCCGCGGCUCCAUCGCGGGGCGGCGGAGCCCGACGGGCGGGGGCUGGUCGGCGGCCGCCAUGGCCGGGGAUCAGGACAUGUUCGACGCUGUCGUGAUGGCAGAUGAGAGGUUUCACGGGGAAGGGUACCGGGAAGGCUAUGAAGCAGGAAGCAGUUUGGGUAUGAUCGAAGGGAGACGGCACGGCACGCUCCAUGGAGCUAAAGUCGGAUCUGAAAGGUCCUGGGGGUCCGUGGUCCAGGAGCAGUUGAGCCGGGUGGUUCUGGCUCAGGGCCCCUUGAUGCUGGAGUUAAGAGUCAGCCACUCGAAGGCUUGCCUGGGGCCAGAAGAGAUUGGGUGCUACCAGGGCUUCGCGUUUGCUUGGAGAGGUCUCCUACACGGUUGCGCCACUGAGAGAGACAGCAAAAAGAUGAAGGUCUUAGAGGCAUUGAUUGGGAUGAUUCAGAAGUUCCCUUACGAUGACCCUACUUAUGAUAAACUUCAUGAAGACUUAGACAGAAUUAGAGGGAAGUUUAAGCAGCUUUGUUCAUUAUUGAAUGUUCAGCCCGACUUUAAAAUCAGCGCGGAAGGUUCUGGACUUUCAUUCUGAGGACAACAGAUGAACAAAGACGGGACAUCGAGGAGCAGAUGUUCACGUGUUAAGUGUUGAAAAACAUGAUUAAAAGCAAGACAGUGAGGAGGAUUCAUCGUUUUACAGGGUCGGGUCCAGUUUGGCCGGUGAGAGGGCCCCCUUCCCUGAGGUCCCCCUUCCCCGAGGUCCCCCCGCGUGGCCUGCUUCCUCCCCUGCCGGGGGCCCCUCUGCACAAGCCCAUCCUGGGUCGGGUCCUGUCUGCCCCGCAGUCUGGGCACGGCCCUGGCAGAGCCCUCAUGGCUGCUCGUCUCCGCUCCAGGGUCCAGGCCACUGGCGCACGGGUUCCUGCCACCUGGCAGGCCUGGCUGGAUCCAGACCUGGCUCUGGGUGGAAGAAACACCCCUGUUACUCCCCAGGCUUUGGUCAGUGCUCAGAGGGGCCGCUUUUUUAAAAUGGGGGACAGGGCUGGCACGGCAGGGGUGACGGGUGCAGUGGCACACAGUGCCCUUGAGGUGUGCCAACACUGUGUGACCUGCCCCUGGUGUUUCAUUUAUUCCCUUCGGGAGCCCGCGAGGCGGGCGUUACUCAUGGUUCAUGGAGGCCCCCGAGGCCUGAGAGACCGCCCGGUCCAAGGGCUGCGGGCGGCAGAGCUGGGACUCCAGCCCUGGCACUCGCCCUGUCUCCUGGUGCCCUGGGACGCAUGCUCGCACCCACAGGCCCGGGGUCCCUGCCCGCGGUCGGUGCUGUGCUCGUAGCCUCCUGUGCCGUGGACGUGGGCAUCUGGCUGAGAGGAGGAGAGGCCGGCCCUGUGCCUGGGGAGCCGGGACGUGCUCUUCCGCGUCCCCGGGUGCGGGGAGGUAACUUGUUUUGAAAAUGGUCCCCGGGGGAGAUCUGAAGGCCGCCGCGCUGUGUGCAGAUGCCUUGGGGUCCCUGUGAGUCUAGUCCAGCUUUUAAAAUCCUCCCCGAGCGUCUGGGUGCGCUCUGCUUCCCUGGCAGCCGCUGAGGGUCCCUGCGGGGCCUGGACGUUGGGCCCCCAGGCACUGAAGAGGGAGGGUCGGUGUCUUGAGGCUGGUGGACGCACCGCGGCUCUGUCCCGUGCGUCUCACCGUAUGUUCCUGGCCUGCAGCCCCUUCUCAGCUCUGGGCAGGCCGGGCCUUGGCCGCGCCGUCGUCACAGAGACCACCAGCUCAUCUCCAUCCAGCGGGGUGGAGGGCUCUCUUUGUUGUUUUCCUGGGCGGAAUUUUGUGUUUCCUAAGCUAGCUGUUUGGAUAAUGUAUUAUUUUUAUAAUUGGAGAAAAAAAAUAAACAGCAU